AUGACUUACGGCGCCCCCGAGACAUACACUCCGGUUCCUGUGUCUACGUGUUCUGAAGACUGUCCUCCAGGAUAUAGAAGUGUCAUGAAGAGGGGAAUCCAUCGGUGCUGCUUUGAAUGUUUGCAGUGUUCAGAUGGAGAAAUAUCUAAUGAGACAGACAAAGGAUCAUGCCAUAAGUGUCCAGAAGACCAGUGGCCAAAUGACAACAACAAGUGUCAUCCAAAACCCGUGGAAUAUCUGUCCUACCAGAAUGAUACAAUAACACUUCUGAUUUCCAUCAUCUCUGUGAUUCUUUUUCUAAAAACUUCUACAAUCUUGGGAAUCUUUAUUGCAUUUCGGGACACUGCAUUGGUCAGAGCUAAUAACCAAAACCUGAGCUUUAUACUUCUGGUUUCUAUUAUGUUGGGUUUUAUCUGUGUGUUUCUGUUUUUGGGCCGCCCAGUACACACAACAUGUAUGCUGCGUCAGACAUCAUUUGCAAUCAUCUUCUCGGUUGCUAUCUCCUCUAUUUUGGCCAAGACUAUCAUGGUCUACUCAGCCUUCAAAGCCACCAAACCUGGAAGUCCCUGGAGGAAAUUUAUUGGAGUAAAAAUCCCCAAUUGUGUGGUUUUCCUUUGUUCUUUCUUUCAGGUUUUAAUUAGUAUCACUUGGUUAUCUUAUUCUCCUCCAUUCCCAGAAAGAAACACCCACUUGUAUGUUGACAAAAUUAUCAUUCAGUGUAAUGAAGGAUCUGCGGUGGCAUUUUCCAUCCUCCUGGGUUACAUGGGACUUCUAGCAGCCGUGACUUUCAUUGUGGCCUUCCUGGCCCGAAGUUUACCAGAUAGUUUCAAUGAAGCCAAAUACAUCACCUUCAGCAUGCUGGUGUUCUGCAGCGUCUGGAUCGCUUUUAUCCCAGCUCAUAUGAGCGUUACAGGAAAGAACACGGUGCUUGUAGAGAUAUUUGCUAUACUAUCUUCUACUGUCGGCAUUUUGGGUUGUAUAUUUUUUCCAAAAUGUUAUAUCAUAUUGCUGAGGCCAGAUUUAAACUCAAAAAGUAACUUACUAAACCAAAGAUAUCAGAAAUAA